UCCGGAGUGGAGUAGAAAACGGACUGUCGCUGAAGAGCAGAGAGGAGAGGUGAAAAGAGGCACGGAAGAAAAGGAGGAAAAUAGGACCGAAAAAUGGUGUAAACGCGAGCGAGUCCGACCUGAGUCAAGGGAACAGAUGUGGAGGAGUGCCUCUGGGGGCUGUAGUUUUUUCCUGUAGUCACAGUUAGAAGUCAGAAAACUCCCGCUUUUUGAUGCUGUCCUCACGGAGGUCUGAGCCAAUAACGGACUUAUUGGUCGGCUGAACCAUGCAGAGGCUGCUGCUCCUGAGUUUGGCGCUCGGUCUCCACACUGCAGUGAGGACAGCGAGAUUCUCUCAGGAGCCGGCAGACCAGUCGGUGGUGCGGGGCCAGAGGGUGAUCCUGUCCUGUGUUGUCUUCAACUACUCUGGCAUUGUUCAGUGGACCAAAGAUGGUCUGGCUCUGGGCAUCGGAGAGGACCUUCAGGCCUGGCCCAGGUACCGUGUGCUGCGGGUUCAGGAGCUGGGUCAGUACAACCUGGAGAUCCUGUCAGCGGAUUUAUCCGACGACGCCCUGUACGAGUGCCAGGCCCCUGAUGCUGCUCUGAGGUCCAGAAGGGCCAAACUCACCGUCCUCAUCCCUCCGGACGACCCGGUAAUCGAUGGAGGACCUGAGGUGUUGCUGACCGCAGGGGAGUCCUACAACCUUACAUGCGUGUCUCGUGGGGCUAAGCCGCCUUCAAUGGUCGAGUGGCUUAAAGACGGUCUGCCUGUAGAGGGGGCUGUCAGUACCACUGAGGUACUUCCAGAUAGGAAGAGGGUGACCACACGAAGCUACCUUCCGAUCCACCCCGUUGACACCGACACCGGGAGGAACUACAGCUGUGUGGCCACUAACCUGGCUGCUCGCUCUGGCAAGAGCACAACCGUCACCCUUAAUGUGCACCAUCCACCAUCAGUGACCUUGUCCAUCGAACCUCGCUCUGUCCUAGAAGGGGACAGAGUCACCUUCACCUGCCAGGCUCAUGCCAACCCGCCUAUUAUGGGCUACAGGUGGGCUAAAGGCGGCGUGGUGCUGCAGGGCGCCAGGGAGAGCAUGUUCACCACCAAGGCUGACCACUCCUUCUUCACUGAGCCCGUCUCCUGCUUGGUUUUCAAUGCGGUGGGAAAAACUAACGUCAGCAUUCUGGUGGAUGUUCACUUCGGCCCUAUCCUGUUGGUGGAGCCACAGCCGAAAACAGUUGAUGUGGACUCUGAUGUCACCCUCAACUGCAAAUGGGCCGGAAACCCUCCGCUGACCCUCACCUGGUUCAAGAAAGGAUCGAACAUGGUUCUGAGUAACAGCAACCAACUGUAUCUGAAGUCAGUGACCCAGGCAGAUGCUGGCCAGUACGUGUGCAAGGCCAUCGUUCCACGGAUUGGAGUAGGAGAGACCGAGGUCACACUCACAGUCAACGGGCCUCCCAUCAUCUCCAGUGAGCCUGAGCAGUACGCUGUGAGGGGGGAGAGAGGAGAGGUGAAAUGCUACAUAGCCAGUACACCUCCUCCAGAUAAGAUCGUGUGGGCGUGGAAGGAGAACGUGUGGGAGAAGGAGAAGGGCACGCUGCUGGAGAGGUACACAGUAGAGCAGAGCAAGCCGACAGCUGAGGGCGGCGGCGUCCUCUCCACCCUCACCAUCAACAACGUGAUGGAGUCAGACUUCCUGUCCACCUACAACUGCACGGCCUGGAAUUCGUUUGGCCCGGGCACCAUGAUCAUUACACUGGCGGAGACCGAGAAGGUUCCAGUGGGGAUAAUAGCCGGUGGCACGGUUGGCUCCACCAUCCUCCUGUUCAUCUUCCUGCUUGUUCUUGUUCUUAUCUUCUACCGGCAGCGAAAAGGCAGUCGGCGCGGGGUCACGCUGGGUAAGCCCGACAUCAAGGUGGAGACGAUCACCAAGGAGACCCACAGCCUGGAGGAGGACUCCGGCAGCGUGUCCACAGCCUCGCGGAUGGUCAAGGCCAUGUACUCGUUUCUCCCUUCUGUGUCCUUCUCUCCUUCUAAUCAGCCUUUUAAAGAUGACAUAGAACUCAAGUCGGACCUCCGAAGCGACACCCUGGAGACUCGCCAGGAGUACGACCUAAAGGACCCUACUAAUGGGUACUACAAUGUGCGAGCUUCCACCCAGGAUGAAGUCCACCCUGGGUCUCGUUCCACCUUGCAUUACACCGACUACCGCUCCCCUGCAGGAACACCAGGGGGAGCAGCAUCUAUCAGUAGCAGCACUGGAGGCUCUGGAGCCACUGCCAGCGGAGGAGCCUCCGUUCCCCCAGGUCCUCUAACCUCCCCCGGACGCCCGCAAGCCUGCUACGACCCUCGGCCGCCCUCUAGGCUGUCUCACAUCAGUUACGCUCAGUUCAACACUUUCACUCGUGGGGGCCAAAGCCAGCAGCCCCCUGCUAACCCUGCCCCAGCAGCCACUGACUUCCCUGGGGACUGUAGCCUUCUGGAUUCCACUUCCCAGCUGGCCUACGACAACUACGGAUAUCCUUCGCACUACCAGACCUACCGCAUGGGUUUCGCACCCUCCAGCUUGGCCCCUCUGGAAGCCGGCCCCUCCUACGAGAUGUACGGGGUUGGAUCUGGGGUGCCAAGCCCUGGGGUUGCGGUCAGUCCUGGGGGCCAGGCUCCCUCUGGAUCAGAGACCGGAUUGGGAAAGUAUGGCAGCUCCACUCGCUUCUCCUACACCUCGCAGCACUCUGACUACUCUCACAGCCGACACACGCAGCGAAUGCAGACUCACGUGUGAGAUCGAGAUGCAGGGCACUCCUCACAGUCUUAGCUGAGCAUAAAGAAGCAUCUUAUAAAUAGUGUCACACCGAAAACACACACAUGCACACACACUCACAGAUGUACACGACAUUUCUACAUGUCCUGCUGGACACAAUCACAAACACAAUCACACACACACACACGCACACACACAGAGGCACAAAUUCCAAAACCAUGCCCAUGAGACAGAGGAUACAGAGCAAACAGGGUGAAAAUGAAGGUGUUUUAAUGAGACAGGGAUGGGGAAUUCCACGCGGUGCAGAAUUCCCUCGCUCCCGAUGUUUGUAGAUGUGAGCUCUGUGAGAGCGGACAGCGCAAGUCACAAUCAGGACGAGAGAUGGCAGAUCUGAGGAGCCCCCAGCCUCUGUUCUAAACUAAUGUUGUAAAGUGAUGGAAGAGAACAUCUUAAAGCAAAACUGUCAGAUACGGUACAUGCUGAUCGGAGGAAACCUCAGCCAGUGGGAGCCAUUUCUGGCCGCCAUUUUUAAUUUUCUUUUAGCUGGUUGUCUUAUUCAGUGAUCAUAGAGCACAUAAACAGUAUGUAUUAUCCCAGAGAGCCCGUGUGUACAGUGCAGUUGGGGCCUGUUAGGCAGUGUUGGGAGGGGGGAGGGAGGGUGGUUGGCCAUCAUGUUGCACUUCAUUCACAGUAUUCAUUCUCUGAUGUCUCUGUUACGUCUUCUGUUUAUUUGCACACCAGACUAGAGCUUUGUAUUCUAUUUUUUAACAUUACAGAAUUAUUUUUGUCAGCGUAAAACAUGUAUGUUAUCGUGUAGGAUGUUGCCGACCAAACGUUGGAAUGCGAGCGCACACGAACCCAAGCGAAGAGUUGUGCCAACGGCGGAGCGUGAAUCCGGGAUGUGUUCCACUCCCGUGUAAAAAAAAAAAAAAAGGAACCCUUGUGCCAAACGUUCACGUUCCUUUGGACCACGUGUAUGCAGUAGAAGCUCCUUCUGUUGCUGGUGGAUGCCGCUUUAUGAAACCAGGCUGGAGACAUUUUUCUUGUAGGCUGGAGCCUUCUGUUUUUAACCACAAGCUUGGUGCAGACAGAGAGAACGAACACAGAUGAUGGAUUUAGAGUGGCCUUAUGGGGGAGCGUGUCAUGCAUUUCCGUGUUAAAUCAUUCCUCAUUGUCUGUCUGCCAAAUCUGGCCAGAGGAGAAUGUGUGCAGAGAGGUUUAAUGAAGGCUUAUCCAGAGUAUUGACAUGUAUUAGUGUGUGACUGUGAGCGUGUGUGUGUGGGUGGGCGAGAGGUGAAGGGGUGGGAGGGGGGUUGGCCAUCGUGCACACUCCCAUUUGUACAGUGUGUUUGUAUAGAAGCAUGAAUGAGUGCGUGUGUGUUUCAGUAUACGUCCAUAUCAUUUCUCACAGACCUGUUAUACUACUUUUAUACCUCUGGUAGGACUGUAUCCUGUAUUAUUGUGUCUUUGAAUUUAGGAGAAUCCAAUGUUUAUCUUAUUGUACUGUUCGUAGCAAAGACAGCUGUUCAAAAAGAUGUACGACAAACAUUAUCAAACUCUCAUUUUUUAAUUUCAUUAUCUUCAAUAUUUUUUAAAAAUGGUAUGUAAUUAUUUUUCCACAGUAUUACAUAAAUAAAAGCACUGUUUUUUAA